UUUUUUUGGUAGAUGCCCCGUUCAAGUCACGGCUUUCUUUUUUGGCGCUCUAUCUACUCACAUAGAAACAGAGGGUUUCUGCGUCAAGUCAAUAUGCAGAAGAUCAUCAGUAAAACGAUUGUUGAAAGAAAGCCCAUAUUAGACUCAUGAGCUUAUCAUCAUCAGUAUCAUUUUCGACAUUCUUUAAGCUUCGGUCCCAUUCAACUUUAUGUUGCCUCUUGUAUGUAACACAGAAAGUUUGACUCCACAUUAUUUGAAUGUGACCUUAAACCUUGAUUUCUCCACUAUUGUGCCCUGGAAAUCCUUAUCUAAAGAACCCGUUGUCAUGCGUAUGAUCAUCCUUUGUCUGCAUUGUAGGAAAAACCAUAUAAGAUUUUCAGUUUAAGG